CCCUAAUCGUUAAUGCUUCGAUCCAGGAAAGAACAGUUCCAAAUGCCUUGAAAGUAGCUGAUAUUAUAUCAAUUCCUAAAAUAAACCCAGUAAAGGAUAUUGAAAAGGACUUACGACCCAUAUCAUUAACAGCAGUCCUUUCAAAAACAAUGGAGUGCUUUGUUGCUAAAUGGAUCAUGUCACAAAUUAGACAAUUGAUCGACCUGAAUCAGUUCGGAUCACUAGCUGGACUGUCAACAACACAUGCUCUCCUGUCUUUAGUUCACCAUUUAUACAAGGUUACUGAUCAACGCGACCAAUGUGUUCGUGUUUUACUCUUGGACUUCAGUAAAGCAUUCGACAGAAUAAAUCAUAACAUUCUGCUAACAAAGAUGAAGGAUAAGAAGUUUCCUGACCAAUAG